AACAUGGUUCCAUGUUUGUUGAGUGCAUAUUUUUCCAUAUUUAGGAAUAUUUCCUGAAAGUGGAUUUUCAGACAUAGUAUUAAUAAAUUAUUCAAACAAUAUGAUAGAUAUUUAAUAUGCAUAAACAUGAUGGCAUCAGUAUACGUAUGCGAUGUAGAUGAUCAAGGGUUCCUGGGGCAAUGAGGUUUUCAUUCUCCUUCCUCCUUUUCUGCUUGCAUUCAUAAUUUCAACAUUAUUUACAAAAAUCAUGUUACUUUUAUCUUAUCAAAAAGAGAGGAAGGUAUUUUGUUGGUCUGCUUCACAGAAGCUUGAAGCUGUGCUGGGACUGGUAAGAAUAGGAUGUGGCCUAAGGCAAAAUUUUGGCAGAGGAUGGGCUGAUAGCUCUUCAAGCCCAGUUGGGGGUAAGGAGUGCACAGACACUAUCGAUGUGACUCUGUCCUGGGGUCAGCAGUGAGUGAACCAGGAUGUCACCCUCUCUCGUUGCCUUAACCCAGUGGGUUUGUCAGGUGCCCCCCCCAGGAGCCCAGGUCCGCACCUCAGUUUGCACCUUUGCCAUGUCUGCUCCUUUCCUCUGCACAGGUUCUGGCGCCAUCGUCGCCGCCAUUGUGGUGGUCGUCAUCAUCAUCUUCACCGUGGUUCUGAUCCUGCUGAAGAUGUACAACAGGAAAAUGAGAAUGAGGCGGGAACUGGAGCCCAAGGGCCCCAAGCCAGCUGCCCCUUCUGCCCCAGGCCCAAAUAACAACAGCGGCCAACACCCUGCAACUGUGACCUUCAGCCCUGUUGACAUUCAUGUGGAGACUCGGUGACCUCUACCCUGGUGCUAUCUCCAACACUAUCCAAAGAACCUUCUCCAGAGUCAAGACCCCAAAGCACACUUCUCUGGAAGCUUCACCUUGAGUUCCUUCUGGUCAGGUCAACAGAGGCGUCUUUCAUGCAAUCUCUGAUGUUUUAGGCAAUCCUCAACCUCCUUCUGCCCUGCCCCACCCUAACUAUGUCCAAGUCCCUGCUGCCACCCUACCAAAAAGCUGCAGAACAUUCUUUUGUCAUUUAUGAGGUAGAGCUAUGUUGGGAAUCCACUAAUGUGGGUUUGGCUCUCUCCUUACCAAAGCUAGACAGAUAGACACAGAGUUCGGAGUCUUCUGGUUAGAGGUCAGGGUUCAGGAAAUACGUCUGAGAGUAUCACAAUAGGAUCUGCCACUGGGAUCAUAGCAGAUUAAAUGCCAUAACUACAGCUUUGCAGAGCAAGAUAUUCAAUCCCAUAACUAGGCACAGGGGGAGCUAACUUGGGCUAACUAACCAGAAAACAAAGUUGUUAAUUUCUAACUUGUUCCAGUACUAGAUGACAGCUAGCUAGCUCAUGACAAUUGGUCAGCACAUUUUUCCCUCUUUAAGGAAGGUUACAAGAAAAAGGCAAUCCAUCUCAAAAAGUUUCUGCUUCUUUAGGAGAAGAAAUAGGCGACCUUGAGAAAUAGUGGCCUCUAUGAUAAGAGCUUGGUGCACUGCCCAUGGGCCGUGAAAAAUCCAGGCGGCUGGUGCAAGCUCCUUCUCCUAUAAUGGGUUGAAUCAACCUUUCAUUUCUUGAUUCCCCUUUAUCUGGAUUCUAAGUGACCUUAACUGUAAUACCUUACCUCCGAGGGCCCGGAGAUUGAUCAGAUUAUGUUUUCUGGUCACUUUGCCAAGAGUCAAAGCAUAUUCAGAGUGCCACAGCCGCAAACCAUUUCUCUGUAGAGAGCUGAUCUCUUACUACUUAGCCUGGGGAACCAGCUACUGCAGAGAAGGGAAAGUACUUUGGAAUGAAGAAGACGUGCCCUCCAAGCCCUACUUUCAGGUUGUGUGGUCUUGGAAAAGUGACUCAGCCUCUCCAUAUUCAGUUUCCUAACCAUGAAGUGGAAAUGACAACAUCUGCCUCACUGGGUUAUUAUAACAAGCCAACAACUUAGCAAACCAGCUUGAAUAUAGUGCCUGGCACCCAGUAGCCGCUUAAUAAAUGGGAGCCAGUGUUAUUAUUGUAAGUUUUCUUCAAUUGCAAGAUAUACAUUUGUUCACAUUUUAAUGAUUCUGAAACCAUUAUAUAUCUUACAACUGAUGGGACUGUUCAUGUAAUUGUACUUUUUUUCUUCCCUCUCAAAACUGUUUUUAACCAAUUGUGUAUCUUACAAUUGAUGGCAUCUUAGAAACAAGGUAAUAAACCGUUAUUCUGUUA